AUUUGGGUUUAAAUUUUUGACCACUGGAUCAAAUCCCAUUGAUUAGAAAACCCUCUCGAGCUCUGCUGCCAGAGAACGGUCUCCGUGGCGACAUCCAGGCUGAUGGCGCGCGCUCACUCUCCCGAGCCCCCCUCCUCCACAUGGAACACAAGCGCGCACCAAACCUGCGCGCAGGUCUCGGCUCAGUAGCAUUUGCUUUAGAAGUGCCUUGAGCGCUCAUCAUGUUCGUUAAGACAUCUUAUUGACUGCUAGUUGUGAGAGAAUCAAGCACCGUUUUGUCCAGUUUGCAUGUAGUUUAAUGGUAUGAACCUUCAACUGAUUUUAGGAGAUACUUUUAUCACUUUUUCUCCUCAUGAAACUUACUCGAUUCAACAGGCAGCUGCAGAAAGUGAACUGAUGCCAUAAGACACGAUUGUCUUCAGCUUCAGUUUUCUGCGUCUCCGCUCAGGAUGAACGGAACGUUUUUUAACCACACGGUGUUUACGCACAGCGUUCUGCUCAACCGCAGUCAAGAGCUCGCGGGGACACUAGUUGAUUGCUGCACGGGGAACGGGAGCGAGGUAACCGCAAACGACGGCGGCGGGUCUUCAGUUCUCGCUCAGGAGGAACGCAAGCUGUUCGUUACGCGCGUGGUGCAGAUCGCGGUGCUGUGCGUUCUUUCCCUCACGGUGAUGUUCGGGAUCUUCUUUCUCGGUUGCAACCUCAUGAUCAAGUCCGAAAGUAUGAUCAACUUCCUGGUCAAGGACCGGAGACCAUCCAGAGACGUGGAGGCGGUGAUGAUCGGACUGAGUUAGUCACGGGUGUCACCUGUAACCGGGCUGCAGGGGCGCGUGACACCCGGCUGUCCUCAGACUGGGAUCCGAAGAUAUGCAACUUACAUUUUCACUCCCUUUGCGUUCUGGAAUAGAAAAGGCGAGGUGGAUGAACUGAAGCAAAGAUGACAUAUAGCUGCACGUUUACGAAAUAAGAAUGUAUUAUCAAUGUUUACGUAGCUUUUUGUAUUUGAGGUAAUUUUGCUUGUGAUUUUAAGCGUUUACACGUUUUUACCUCAGAAAAAAAAAUCUAAUUAUGUAGGCAUAUUUAUUGUAUUUUGUUUGUUAUAGUUAGCAAAUUAUAGGCCGGGAUCGAGGGGGUUGUUCUUGCGAAACGCAAAUUGUAGCCUACUUUGGUGCAACGAUUCUAAAAGUUGGUUAUCUAAAAUACUUUUAACAAGUGAUAAACGUCUGCGUUUUCGAGGGACCCGCACAAAAUUAGUCGUAAUGGAAAGCACAUAAGAGACAUGUUGUCUUGGUGACUUCAUUUGGUGAGCGGAAUAUAGCACAUUACCAACGGUGUAACUUUUAUUAUUACUGAAAACCCUAUUGAAAUCUAUAUGAUUGCAUUAAAAAAAGUUAAUUUACUAAAACUCUAACAAUCUUAUAUUUGACUCACUUUUGGUGGUGAGGGGUUUAAGCCAUUACUGGAAAUAUUCAGACUUCCCCAAUCCCACCGUCCUGGUUUGUAGCUAGACAAUCACUUUCAAAAGCAUGUUGCUUUGUGAACGGUGACUUUUGCACCUUGAAUUGCAGCUUGAAUUGUUUUGAUUUUGAAGAUGUAAUCGUGUAUUUUUCUUCAGUUUUAACUUGUGGCCGAGAGCACGUGAGGGGGGAGAUGCUCAUUUGGUGGCGCACUUGCACUUCCCCGAUCGCAUGCGCGUGCUCGGUGUGUGAGGUGUCACUUUCUAGGUAAAGAUAUCAAUGCUGCAUGGAGUAUUUUAUGAACUUUAUUGACUUGCAAACUUGAAGUUGUGCAGCAUGCUGAAUUGAAUAAAGCUGUUUAAAAC